AUGACCUUACAUCCCAGGUCAUCAUGGGCCUAUCAAGCUAUUCGGUCGCCAGCAAUGAUUGGUGUCAUUGUUGCAUUCGCUUAUCUAUGUUUCCAGGCCGCUAUAGCAGCCCCACCUCCAAUUGUCAACUCGAAUCAAGGUGUAACUCUAUUGUACCAAAACAAUUUAAACUUCACUGAUGAUGUGAAUCACAAAUCUUUCUUGUUUCUCGAUGGCUCAAACACUUAUGAGCAAGCAUCCGCAGCAUGCGCGUCAUAUUCAGAGUCUCUUGUAUCUCCAGCAUUGCUUCGUUCUUCUCAGAAUGAUUUAUCCUACCAGAUAAACUAUCUGUUAUACUCUAGAAAGAUUAACCCCGAGACUGGUAUCUGGGUUCAAGGAGGUUAUAUCACUCCAAAAAGUGGUUUGUUUGUGCAACCUGUUCGGGAUAGAAAUGCUCACUAUGCUGUUCUUUGCACUCAAUCCGACACUAGUACUCUAAUUGCUAACAAUACUGUGACUCCUCAGAACUCUGUCUCUGUUCAAUCAAGAGGAAAUACCUUUGUUGGUUAUAGGAACAAAAAGUCAUUCCGCUUCCUUGGUAUUCCUUAUGCGGACCCAUUUGACAGAUGGUCGUAUUCCAAGCCAUACAGUGGCACAAGACAGGUUAUCCAGGCCAAUAAAUAUGGUGCUCAAUGUUUCACAAGUCCAUCUCCUCCCAACUCUGGAUACAGUGAGGAUUGUUUGUUCUUAAACGUGUUCACACCUUACCUUCCUCAUGGCAAUGGUCCAAGUACCAACCUCAAACCAGUUGCUGUGUGGGUCACUGGUGGAGGUUAUACCUCAGGCUCCGGUUCGGAUCCUACCUUCGACGGAAGUAAUAUGGCAUCAAGAGGUGAUACUGUAUUGGUAACUGUGAACUAUCGUCUUGGAACCAUUGGUUUUUUGAACAUUCCUGGUACUGACAUUACCGGUAACUACGGAUUCGCUGAUGUUAUCACUGCUCUUCAAUGGGUUCAACAGAACAUUGCCAAUUUUGGUGGUGAUCCUAAUAAGGUCACUGUAUUUGGUCAGUCUGCUGGUGCUGGUACCACCAGAGCCUUGCUUGGAAGCGAGCCUGCCAAAGGACUGUUCCAUGCUGCUAUUCCCGAGAGUAAUCUUGGAGGCUACGACUAUGGUACCUCGUACUCUGAGUACUACACCCCCGAGGAGGAAUAUAACGUAGCAGGUAAAGCCAUCGUCACCGAUGUUGGCUGCAGUUCUGCUUCGGAUGUUGCUUCUUGUCUACAGGGAAUCGACCCUCUCACCCUUUCCAACCUCAAUGACGUUGCAAGGUACCUUACAGUUGAUGGACAUUAUAUUAAAGAAAGCCAUAUCGACGUUACUGGAAACAAUUAUCUUGCGGAUGUUCCUCUGAUUUAUGGUAGUGCUCGUGAUGACGGUGCUCCUUUCAUUGGCUACCCCACCACAGACGACCUUGCUAGUUCAGUUGAGCAAUUGCUCAGUUUCAAUAGCUCUUUCACCAACUCCAUUAUCAGCAGUGGUCUAUUCCCCGAACCUGGAAGCAGCAUUGCUGAUGUUUACAAUGUAAGCUCCAGACUAGCCACUGACGUUAUUUUCAGAUGCAUCGAUCAAGCUACCAUCAAUUCUGCUGUCAAGCAUAGAAAACUGUCCAAGGUAUUUUACUAUCAAUUUGAUAGAACUUACAAUGGAUAUGAUCCUAACAACGUUUGCUUCGCACCCUUGACUGCCUCUCAUCCAUACGGAGAUCCAUCCUUGCCAUAUUAUAGAUGUCACUCUGGUGAAUUGUAUUAUGUUUUCGGUACUCUUAACGAGUUUGGCCUUCACUUUAGAGACGAAUACGACCUACCAUUUAACCAACUUAUCAUGGAUUAUUGGACUAGUUUUUUCAGAACUGGCAACCCAAAUCCUGAUCCCAACUACCUUAAAGCUCGUGGCUAUACUGGUACUUUACAGGUCGCUUCUGCCAAUGGCCAAUGGCCCCAGUUCAAUGCACAAUCCCCUGAGAUCUUCCUGCUCGACGCUCCUCGGGCUACUAAAUCGCCUUUCGUUGAUCUCGAACAAUGCCAAUUCUUGGGUCUACCCUUGAACUUUUAUGAAUAG